CGUAGACCGUAGCUCGUUUGAACGUCACCAGCGUCGGUUGGACUGAAAGGUUUGGCGGUUUUUAUGAGUGUCGGCUGUGCGGUAUAUAAAACAUUACUUUGCAGCUAGGGGGAAAUGGACCGAGGAAGAAUGAGCCGAGCGUCUAGCAGACUGUCGGAGCUGCCUAUGCGGGUGGCAGACAGCAACAGGAUGAGCAUGGUGUAUACAACACCUCAGAGUAAACAGCCUUCAUUUGGAAAACUCAACAUACCCAAACCUCAGUCUGUGACCUCUGAAAGGAGGACCAGCUUCUUUGGUGCCCGGACCAGCGGAGCUGGCUUGCCUCGCAACAGCACCUUGGGAGGGUUUGGAGGAGCUGAGAAGAUCAAAGAUGUUAGACCUCUGCACGAUAAGGCCUUUGUUCAGCAGUGUAUCAGACAGCUGCAUGAGUUCCUGACAGAGAAAGGCUUUCCUGGAUCUGUAUCAACCAAAACCCUUCAGUCUCCCUCAAGUAAGGAGUUCCUUAAGAUGUUUGAGUUCAUCUACAGCCAACUGGACCCAACCUUUCAAAUGCCAACCUCAAAAGUAGAGGAGGAGGUACCACGUAUCCUGAAAGACCUUGGGUAUCCGUUUGCUCUCUCGAAGAGCUCAAUGUACUCUGUUGGAGCUCCACAUACCUGGCCACAAGUGCUGGGGUCUCUCAUCUGGCUAAUUGACACUGUCAAGAUCUACUGGUAUAUGAGUAAGCAGGAGCUGCUGUUCAGUGAUUUCUCUGAAGACAUCAGCAUCGAGGAAGGGGCAGAAUAUAACAAGCUCUUCCUAGACUACACAGCUGAGACGUAUUCCAAGUUCAUGCAGGGAGCUGACACAUUUGAAGAUGAGGAUGAGGCAUACCUUGCUAAAUUAAAGAAGCUUUACAAUGUUGAUGAGGCCCUGCUGGCUUCAAUGGAGGAGAAGCACGGAAUACUAAGUGAUGAAGUGGAACGACUGGAGAAGGAGAGCCAAACGGACCGUCUGAUGUCGAAGAGGAUGGACAAGGUGAGGCUGCAGACAGACCUCAAGAAGCUCCAGCUUUUUCGUAGCAAUGUGGAGUCCUUCAAAGCCAACCUGGAGAGCAAAUGUUCAGAACUGAACGAAGAGCUGGAGUCCACUGCCCAGCAUCUGGAGUCUCUGAAACAGGAGCAAGACAGACUGCAGCACCUCCUGCAGAACCAGAAGUUCACUCCAGCUGAUGUAGAACGGAUAAACAGGGAGAAGAAGGAACUCCAACAGACCAUCUCCAGUCUCACCAAGUCCCUUGAGGAAGCAGAGCAGCAUAUGUGGAAUGAAGAGACCGCUGUGAGCAAAGAGAAAGAAAAGGCGGCACUGAAGCUAGUAGAGUAUAACAAGCUGGCACGCAAGUUAAAGCUGAUACCAAUGUCUGCAGAGAACGCCUGCGGGCAUGAUUUUGAAAUCAGGACCAUCUCAGAUUAUGGACCCAGCACCAUGGUUCAGUAUAAAACACAGAUACAGAUGCCCCUGAGCAAGCUGAUCAGUAAUGUGGAGGAAGAGAACAGUCGACUGACCAACAUGAAGCUCAGUCUGGAGGAGUCUGUUGAGCAGGUGAAUUCAAACAUCUUGGACAAGUCCAAUGACCUCAAGCAGCUGAGAGAGCAGAUUCGCAGGCUGGAUGAACAGUUGGAGCAUGACAUGCAGGAACUAGCACAUGAGGAACAGAAGUGGGCAGCUGAGGUGGAGUCAGUGGAAAACCACCAAAAGCUUCUACAAAAGAAGGUGAACCAAGGUUACGAUGAGGCCAUGCAACAACUGAAGGCAGCGCAGCAACAGUACCACCUUGUGCUGCAGGAGACCAAGGAGGAGAGGCGAACAGUAGCUAACAACCUUGCGUCGGUCUUCACCACUGCCACUAACCACUUGACGAUUGCGGAGAAGUUUCUGGAGGAUCUGCACAGCAGGGUGCAGCGUGUCUGCGCCAAGGCAACAGAGGAGGAUGAGGCUGCUCUGCAGAAGCUCCGGGAAAUGAUGAAGACCUUCACGUCCAAAGCAAACUGUCAAUAAGUGGUGUCCCUGUGAUGGAGGAUUUUAGGGGUUAUGAAAGCUUAUGUGAACCUCCUUGUAUAUUUUUAGGCUAUUUUCUUUUUGGAAAAACACAAGAAAACAGCAUUUGGAAUAAGACAAUGUUGCUUCCUAUUUGGCAACUAUAUCACUCCUCUUUUGGCUUCAUUGGUGUCCUUACUGGACUGAAGUCAUUCCUUUCCCACUUUUCACUCUCUCAAAGGACUGAGUUGCUCAUUUCUACUCUUAUUGUAUUAUAGUUCAACAUGAUGUAAAAAAAAAAAAAAAAAAGCAGGAUAACUUACUAAACUGUUAGUAUUUUUGAAAAGGAUAUAAAUUAAGUUCAAAAACCUACAUGAAGUGGAAAUGUCUCCUUUUUUAACCUUAUAUUUUAAGACAUGUCCAGGUGCUCCAACAUUUUUCCUGUUAGCUUUGAGUUUAAAAAAAAAAAAAAAAUGUAUACUUUAUUUGCAUAAAGACCA